GACUGCUGCUCCGACCGCGCCGUCACAGCCUACUGCGACAUGGAGACCGACGGCGGAGGCUGGACGGUCGUGCAGCGCCGCCGGGACGUCCUGCCGCGGGAGGACUUCUACCGCACGUGGGAGGAGUACGUCGAGGGCUUCGGGAACGUGUCGAGCGGCGAGUUCUGGUUCGGCCUCGACGCCAUCCAUGCCCUCACGGCCAUGGGGCCCACCGAGCUGCGAAUCGACCUGGCAGACUUCGAGGGCGAGAGCAGGUUCGCCGAGUACAGCAGCUUCUCCGUCGGCGACAAGGACGACUUCUACAGGCUGACGGUGGCAGGCUACUCGGGGACAGCGGGAGACGCCUUGUCACCACACAACGGCAAGCGCUUCACGACGAUAGAUAGAGACUUUGACGAUAAUGCUGGAAAUUGUGCUCAAAUGUACAAGGGCGCAUGGUGGCACCAUAAUUGCCACACCACCAACCUGAAUGGCCGGUACUUAGCAGGUAGCACGAGCUACUUUGGCCAGGGCGUGACUUGGGCUAUUUGGCGAGGGAACAAAUAUUCUUUAAAAAAUGCGAGCAUGAUGAUCAGGCCAGCAGCAUAG